AUGUCUCCAGACGGUAGCUAUAAAAAUGAGAUUAAUUACAUACUCUCAAACAGAAGUACAGCUUUCCAAUACUGUAGAGUUAUAAAUAAUUUAAACUUUAACAGUAACCAUAGACUUGUCAGAGCCAAACUAAAAUUAAAUACCUCUAAGGAAAGACCUUUUAAAGUAAAUCUAACAAAGAAGAUCCCAAGCCUCAAUGUCAAUGGAAUUAAAGAAAACUUAAUAAACUUCAUAGAGAACACAAAACAAAUACCUAUACAAGACAAAUACAACAAACUGCAAGAAAUUAUAAAUGAAAGGGCUCCAGAAAGUGCUUUGGAUACUAGAAACAAUAAAAUAUCAUGGCUAUCAGAAGAAACAAAGCAGCUACUAGAAAUUAGAUCCAACCUUUUCUCAACAUCUAAUAAAACAAAAUAUGUAAGAAAGGACAUAAAAACAAUAAGUAAACCAAUAAACGUCAAUAUGAGGAAAGAAAGACAAAAAUAUAGGUUAGAAAAACUGGAAAAAUGUAUACAGAAAACAGGCGGAGCAAGGAAAUCAUUAAAAGAACUAUCAGGAAAACGAGACUGGAUACCCAAUAUGAAAGACAGAAACGAUAGAAGUGCGACCAGAAGAUGUGAAAUAACAACAAUAGCAACUAACUUCUUUAAAAAUUAUACUCAAGCCAAACCAUGA